GACAGACCCCGCCUGCAGCACAGCUUCAGCUUCGCCGGCUUCCCCAGCACUGCUGCCAGCGGGCUGCUGGACAGCCCCACUUCCAUCACCCCGCCGCCCAUGCUGAGCGCCGACGACCUGCUGGGCUCCCCCACCUUGCCUGACUGCGCCAGCAACCCCUUCACCUUCUCCAGCCAGGAGCUGGUCAGUCUCUUCGCCCCCAGCAUGGGGGUGCAGGUGCCCAGCGGGAGCUCCCCCACCACCUUCUUGUUCAGGCCCAUGUCCGAGUCCCCCAACAUGUUUGACUCGCCACCCAGUCCUCAGGACUCCCUCUCUGACCAGGAGGGCUAUCUGAGCAGCUCCAGCAGCAGCCACAGCGGCUCAGAUUCCCCUAUCCUGGACACCUCAAGACGUCUUCCCAUCUUCAGCAGACUCUCCAUCUCCGACGACUAAUCUGGGGUUUCCUCUUGCUCCCCCCCACCUCUAUGAUGAUGUUAAGCUGAACUCCCCCUACCCUGUCCCCAAGUAGUCUGAGCUGGAUGUUAACAUGUCCACCUGCCUGCCGUAGACCCACUGGCUUAAACCUUAAGUGCCAAAUUACGAUGAAAAGCAAUA